GUGAAUUAACAAUUCUCGAUUCUGUAGAAGAAAUUAUCGACGAUAUGAAAGAUAUUGUUGAGAUUAAAAAAGUUGAUGCUUCAUUAAGAAUUAUAUACAAAACAAUUAACAUCUCAGUUCCAAUAAUUACAAUUGGAAUGCUUGAGAAGAUUAAAAAAACUAAAGAAUACUUAAAAAGUUUGUAUAAAUUGGAAUGUGAAAUUCACCCAACUCCUAAAUAUCCAACAUUUUUGUCAAAUAUUCAGCAUGAUAUUCAUGAUAAUUUCAAAGCUAGUAAAAUUCUAAAAAAACAAAAAUCAAUUUUAUUAGAUUUAUAUGCUGAUAAUAAUAAUAAAAUUAGUGAAAUUGAUAAUUACUUAGCUUUAGAAGAGGAGGGUGAUAGAUGA